AGCAACCCAACAAGUUCCGUUGAUUAUGGUUGGACCAAACUAAAUAAUAAUACAUAUGAGGGUUUUAUUCCUUCACUUUUUCACUGUUUUGAAUAAAUGACGCCAUUAUCGAAAGCCAGGAAUGGAGGCGAAGUGGCGCGAAACACUAAAUGGGUAAUGUCAGGACCCCCUGUCUCCUUAUUGAAGCGUCCUGGUGGCGAACCUCGACCUUGGCCCAUACACCCACACCAAGUGGAGCGGGUAUACAGGUCCCACAUCCCCCCUCCACACCUACCCCUCUUUCACACCCGGCAUUCAGAGGAAAGCGCCGAACGGCCUCACCUGGUCACCGUUGUCCGCCCAUGUGGUCAAAGUGGACUGCGGAAGGUCACGGUGCUGCUGAACCGGAGGGCUGUGGUGUCCUUUGAGCAGCUGCUCUUGGAUAUCUCUGAAGCGUUGGGGUUUCCUCGCUGGCACAGAGGAAGAGUCACACGUCUGUACUCGACACACGCUCGAGAGGUAAAGGGUGUUUGUGAUUUCUUCCGUGGUGAUGCGGCCUUCUUGGCUCUCGGUAAGGCCCGUCCCGACCUGAGCAGUGUGCAGGAUGCUCUGGAGGAACUUUUUCCAGAACAUCCCCACUACCGCGCCGAUGCACUGCGGGUCUGGGAGAAAAAGCUCCAGCCAGCGCCGGAUAAAGCCGCCAAGGCUGACAGCGGAUACAGCGAGGAGACAGAAAACACCGGGAACGUAGUGCAAGAAACGCGUGCGCAUGUCAAGAAUCACACUAAUGCUCACAAAUCUCAGCACGUAGACGCCCACCAGCAAAGAAACCCUAUUCCUGACUCCCAGAAGUCAAAUAAGAAGAACCCUAGCAAGAAACCAGCUCACCUUCCCAAUAACCUGCAAAAGUUACGUGUAAGGGGAGGGGCCAAAGAGAGACCGCCUUCUCUUAUUGGUCCAUUUAAACACGAUGAGGUUCUCAGAGACACAGGUGCACCUUCGCCUGUACUGUGUGAAAACUGCUUGGCAACAAACGCCAAUCCUCUGGCUCCAGGACCGAUCGGUGCGCUGUCGGGAAGGGUCCCACUCCCGCCCGUGUCCAAGAAGCAGAAAGGCAGCCUUCGUCCAGAGCCGGAAGCCAAACAGCUGGAUGUCAGGAUCAGCCCCUCGCCUCCUGCAGUCAGCAGAGUGAAAGAGCAGAGCUUUGUGCCAUUACAGCCUUUAGACCCAGCUCCACGCGUGGGUUCAGCACACUCAGAGAAACAAGUUGCAGACACCUGUGCGCCCCCCUCGGACGGCAGGGAUCUCACAUUGGCUGACGUCGAGCGCCGCUACGAAAUCGGACGUUUGAUCGGCGAUGGCAACUUUGCUGUGGUGCGAGAGUGCCGUCGCCGCCACGACGGCCAGCCCGUCGCUGUGAAGAUCGUGGAGCACGCCAAGCUGGUCGGGCGAGAGCACAUGAUGCAGAACGAGCUGAGCCUCCUGGGUAGCCUGAGUCACCCCCGCAUAGUGCGGCUGCUGGCGCACCACCACACUCGUACUCACUCCUACCUGGUGAUGGAGCUGGUGAGCGGGGGGGAUCUGUUCGAGGCCAUCAGCGACAGGGGGAGGUUCUCGGAGGCCGAGGCCGGACGGAUGGUUUGGGACGUGAGCGAAGCGCUGAACUACAUCCACCGCAGGAGCAUCGUCCACAGGGACCUGAAACCCGAGAAUCUGUUGAUAGAGAAAGCGGCUGCUGUCCUCGGUCGGCUGAAGCUGGGAGACUUUGGCCUGGCGAUGGUGGUAACCGAACCGGUCUUCACCAUAUGCGGCACGCCAACGUAUGUGGCCCCCGAGAUCCUCUGUGAGACAGGAUACGGUGUAGCAGUGGAUGUCUGGGCUCUGGGGGUGAUCCUUUACAUCCUGCUCUGUGGCUUUGCCCCGUUCCGCAGCCGGGAUCGAGACCAGGAGGAGCUCUUUAAGCUCAUCAGACAAGCAGAGCUUCGUUUCCCGUCGCCCUACUGGGACUCCGUUUCAGAAGAAGCUAAAGGUCUGGUCAGAUCUCUCCUCAAACCGGAUCCCACAGAGAGGCUGACAGCAGAGCAGACCCUCCAGCACCACUGGGUGAAUGACAUGUCUUCAGCUUACAGCCAGAGGGCGCUCUCUGACAAAACUAAGCGAAACACAGGAGAAUCACUGACAAAGCAAUCAGCAGGACACUCUGGUACCAAGAAGGAAAAAACUCUCAGGAGACAUGAUGAUUCCCCAACAAGAUGCCGGGAACAAAACAAAUCCCCACUGGUUCAAUCAAAAGACACGAGCACCGUCGACAUCAUAGCUUCCCAGAAGCAAAAUCAGACACCUUUAUACUCCACAAGUUGUCAGGAGAAACCGGAAACCAUCUCUGCAGAGCAACACAGUGGGAGGAAUAUUCAGAAUUCAGGCCCACAGCUGGAAAACAUGGACCUUUUUAAUCAGAGUGACUCCUGCAGAACUCAGGCCGAGCCUUCAUCCCAGAUUAAACCGCAGUCCCAACAGAACAGGGAACAGUAGCACCAACCAGACACUGACGGUAGCAAACCACCCAGAGCAGCAUCACCCGGAGCAGCAGCAGAUUCUUCAGCUCCGCCUGUCCUUCAGCACCAACGCUCACACACAGCCACGCUCCAGCCGCCUGAAAACCACACCAGGCCAAAUGGUCACAGCACAUUCACGCCCUGACACGUCCGCCAUUCGGUCUGUUUGAUUGUGCGGUGAUUAGAUCACUUUGAUACAAACAAUAGCCUUGAUUUUUUUUUCCUGCAGCUGAAGAUUUGGAUGAAAGCCUGAUGAUGGGUUUCUACUUUCUCAGGAUGAAUAGAGGCUGAUUGAUGAGAUAUGCGUAACCCAUUUGCCCUGCAUUUGGAAAUUAAUCAUGGGAUGUUAUGUAAUGACUGAGUCGCUGUAAAAAAAAAAAAAAAAGAGAAACCUGUAAACAUGAAGCAUUUUUAAGUUCUGUUAAAUUACAUUUGUAGUAGAUUUCUUCCUUAUUUUUGUUUAUUUUUCUCAGCAAAUAAUUUUUUAUCCUUUUUUAGA